UGCUACCUGAGGACGAGGGAGACGAGCCCCCAGCCACUUGGUGUCAACUUUGAAGCGGGUCUCUUCGUCCGGAGCAGCCGGUGGAUGUUGCGCCAUGGACAUAAAGAGCAUAUUCCGAGCCGUCCUGCUGUUGUUAUGGAUUUUUCAAGGUGACACGCAGAGGGUGGAGAUGCCCAGAGGAGAGAUGGAGGUGAUCAAAGGACAGAUGGUAGUGUUGCAAGCCUGGUACAGCCCCAAUUCAGACAUUGCCAGAAACUCUGUCACUUGGCUCUUCAUGGGAAAUGAAUCCAAGCAGGUGAUCAACUUUAACUCAGGUAAGGUUGGGCAUGGGCAGAACGAGUUCACCAACAGGGUCGGCUUCAGUGCGGCCAUGCCCUCCGCCAACCUCUCCAUCUACAUCAACAACACCCAAGAAUCUGACUCUGGACGCUACAUCUGCAGUGUCAUCUUCUCCGGAGGCACAUCGCCCCAUCCCGGGGAGAUGCGCCUUAAUGUCAAAGUCCCUCCCUCCCCUCCAGUAUGUACAGUGACUGGGAACCCAGUGCUGAAGGGCAACGUGACGCUGGGCUGCCAGUCAAGCCACGGCAAGCCGGCACCUCAGUAUAAGUGGACCAAGGCCGCUCCCACAUCCGAGGUCUUCUUCUCGCCAAUGCAAAAGUGGAGAGCCUGCCCUCAGCCCUUGCUUGUCCUUGGGUUCAUGGACGAGAGACAAGGCACCCUCAGGCUGAGCAACCUCACUAAGAGCAUGUCAGGGAAGUACGUCUGCCGAGCCAGUAACACAGCCGGCUCCGACAGCUGCUCCAUUAACCUGGAGGUCAUCACCUCUGCCAACACGGGCGUGAUCGCAGCAGCUACACUGGGCUCCAUCGUGGGGCUGGUGGCCAUGGUGCUCUUCCUGAUUUUCAUCCUGAGAAGGAGGCGGGACACCGAGGAGGAGAUAGCCAAUGAGAUCAAGGAAGAUGCUCAGGCGCCCAAGCGAGUGUCCUGGGCGAAGAGUAACACCGGCUCAGACAUCGUGUCAAAGAACGGCACGCUGUCCUCUAUAGCCACCAGUCCUCGGCCGCGAGACACCCACCAGCCCAACUUCCACUACCCCUACUCCCCCACAUCCGCCUCCGACACAGGCUCCGUGAUCAACGCCUACCAGCUGCGCCCCGGAGAGGCCAACACCUUACAGGGACUCCCGGGGUACAACGUCGGCGGCACCCCCUCACGCAAGCUGAAGCGGCCCCCCAGCGCGAACGGGGCCCCUCCGCAGGUCCUCCGGAGCCCGGUGACCAACAUCCCCAGCAGGACUGACGGGGCGCAGCCUCAGGUGCCGCCCCCACUCACUGUGUCCCCGCGAAUCAGCUCCUCAUCCCUGACCCGCAUGGGAGCUGUGGCUGUCAUGGUGCCCGCUCAGAGCCAGGCCGGCUCCCUGGUGUAG